CAAAAGUUCGUAUGAUUUUAAAACCAUCUUCCUUCCUUCUCGAUCUUUUCCACAUUAUCAAAGAAUAAAAGAAAAACUGGAAAAUUUCUGUAUGAAAUAUCUUGUUAUAUUUUUUGGUAUUAAAUGUUGCAAUAUGAGUUUGUUGUGUUGCAAAAAAUGAUGCAAGUAUGAAGUUUUAUAUGAUACCGUGUAUCUAACCAUUAUGAUGUGUUAUCAAUAUACGUUAUAUAAUGGACCCCCACUACUCGAUGACCAUAUAAAAGGAGGCGGGCAAUAAAGCAGCUGACAGUUGCACAUCGACGUGCUUCGACGUGCUAUGUCGUGUUGACUGCGGUGCAAAGUUCGCUUCAAUAACAUCAUACAAAUAUUCCUAUUCGUAUUAUUCAACAAGUUGUGCACAUUGUUUUAUACGAGUUUACUUCCACACAAGCAAUUAUCAACAACAUGAUAUAUGCAAUAAUCUUGUCAGUAAUAGCGGGCGCUUUGGGCCUCCACUUUUUCUUCAAGAAGAUGAGUCUCUUCAAGGAGCAUGGAAUACCACACAUCAAGCCGCUUCCCAUAGUUGGUAACAUGGGAUCAUUCUUCUUUCGCCGUCAGUCAUUAACUGAAUUUGCCAAAAUGAUGUACGAGGUAAAUCCUGAUGCCAAGUACAUCGGCAUGUAUGACUUCUCCAACCCAAUUAUAGUGCUUCGUGACCCAGAGCUUAUUAAACUCAUCACGUUAAAGCAUUUUGACACGUUCAUGGAUCAUCGCAGCUUCAUUGAUGAAACUCAGGAUAUCCUAUUCGGCAAGAGCCUCUUCUCCCUUCGCGGAGACAGAUGGCGUCAAGUUCGAGCUUUACUGAGCCCAGCUUUCACGUCCAGUAAGAUGAAGAGUAUGUUCAAAUUAAUGUCGGAGUGCGGUGCUGACUUCGGCACUUACCUAGCGCAAACGCCGCCGGAAAAGAGAGCGAUGGAAAUGAAGGAAGUUUUCAGCAGAUACACCGUUGACGUAAUCGCUACUUGCGCCUUCGGCGUUAGUGUUGAUUCGAUGAGGAAUCCAAACAACGAUUUCUAUGUAUACGGCAGAGAAGCGGCCAACUUCGACACCAUCAUGUUUAUAAAAUUCUUUAUAUACAACACUAUGCCUUGGGUAGCACGAAUACUGAAAAUGAACUUUGUCCGCGACCAAGUAAAGAAUUUCUUUCACGAUCUCGUCGAAACCACCAUAAGGACUAGAGAUGAGAAGGGUAUCGUCCGACCGGAUAUGUUGCAGUUGAUGAUGGAGAGCAGGGGCAAAGAGGGUAAACCAGAUUUGACUAUCGACGAUAUGAUGUCACAGGCGUUUGUCUUCUUCUUCGGCGGUUUCGAUAGCACUUCGGCCGCGAUGUGCUUCGCCGCUCACGAGAUCGCGAUAAACUCCGACGUACAAGAGAAACUCCAAAACGAGAUCGACAAUGUUUUGGAGGAAACAAACGGGCAAGCACCUUACGACGCCAUCAAUAAUAUGGAAUACCUGGACGCUGUGGUCAACGAGACUCUCAGGAUGUAUCCGGUUGCUGUAGUGACGGACAGGUUGUGCUUGAAUGAUUUUGAACUGCCACCGGCUUUGCCGGGUGCGAAACCCUUUACUAUGAAAAAAGGACAUGGCCUAUGGAUACCUAUGUAUGGGCUUCAGCACGAUCCCAAGUACUUCGAAGAGCCGGAGAAGUUCGAUCCGGACAGAUUUCUGGGAGAGCGGAAGAAAAAUAGCCUCAACUGCAGCGCAUACCUUCCUUUUGGUUCGGGUCCCAGAAUGUGUAUCGGUAACAGAUUCGCAUUGUUAGAGACGAAAGCGCUGCUCUUUCACUUAUUGGCGCGUUGCAGCUUGAAACCUUGCGAAAAGACAUCAGUACCGAUCAAGUUUGCGAAAGAUGGCUUUAAUAUGAGUGCUGAAGGUGGUUUCUGGCUCAACGUGUCGCCACGGGAAAAUAUACAUUAUACUAUUUCGAGGAACGCUACUAAUGAGAAGACAUGCGACCUAUAAGGAAAUUUUAUUGAUUUUGUCGAAUUUAAAAAGUUUAUAAACAAGAAAAUUAUUGCUGUUUGUUAUGCUAUUGUAUUAAUCGAUAUAAUGUUACAUUGAUUAAAAUUAAAGUAAGUUCUAGCUAAAUUUUAAGGUAUCGCGCGCACACAAUUGCAAGACGUGAAAAUUUAAUAUUCGAAAUUAAUUGUUUCUGAUUGUGUAAAAUGAAGAAGCGAUAUUAAAAUUGUUACGAUAGUAAAAGAUUAAAACUAUUGUCAACAAAA